CUCUUGUCUCCACUUACCACCACAUACUCAGAGCUUCAGAGGUCAGACUCGUCCCACGGUCCCAAAUUCUACGCCCGUUCCCACUCCCACUAACUGCAUAGUUUGGCACACUUGACCGUCCUACUCAAACUCGGACCUGAAAUGCAAGCCCACCUUGGAUUGAUCACCUGCUUGCAGCAGCACCCCCCGGGAUCCUCUCGGCCCUCCAUCAUCACUCUAUUCCCACCCUGGUUCGCAUCUCGUGCCCUAGUCCCAGCAGCCCAUGCUACCUCGUGUCUCGUCCUGCCAAUACCCAGCACUCUGGUUCACCCUCAACCUCAUUUCUCGGUACAAUACCCUCCAUCCUCCAACGGCCCACCUGACCCAGUUAGAAGCCGAUAGUCCUGCACUAGGAUUAAACAUUGACAGCGGAUGCUCUUUUAUCUCUCCCUACCUUCCUCUCAUAUGCCCACAGGUCCAUUUCCUCCCUUCAACUCUCCUUUCUUCCUCUUUAUCUCUAUUUUGUCCUUUCUUCCCGGCUGAUCAACGGCCACAACCGCCCUUGUUGGUCCCCUGUUCUCACUGUGUUGCUGGCUCACGGGCUGGAACAAUGUGGCAGAGUCAAUAUGAAACAGCAUGAUCAAAGGAUGGACUUUCUGAACCCCCCGGCCGUCAUUCCUGUCGACCAGGAAUAUGGUCUUCAUUCGUUUGAUACAGAGGAUGAGGAUGACACAUCCGCCUUCUCCGUGACAUCUUCAGUCUAUAAUUUUCGAGUCGAAAAUGGUCGGAGAUAUCAUGACUAUAAAGACGGCCACCCCUUUCCUCAUGAUGAGGUUUCCGAGGAAAAUGAAGUUUGUAUGCACGAGAUGUGCUUAUCCCUCUUGGACGACAAAUUUUAUGUCUCUCCUAUCGACGAGUCCCAACUCCGUAACGUUGCUGAUGUCGGUACCGGGAUGGGACUCUGGGCUGAAGGCAUGGCCGAAAAGUAUCCUGACACCGAGAUCGUUGGCAUCGAUUUGACUCCCCACGAACGACCCACCCACCCAAACUGCUCCUACAUCAUCUCUGAUGCCACCGAUGAAUGGGUCUUGGACGAUCCGUCCACCAAGUUUGAUCUGGUUCACAUCAGGUCGCUCUUUGUUGGCGUCAAAGAUUGGCCUGCACUAUACAAACAAUGCUUCGAAAACAUGAGAUCCGGUGGCUGGAUAGAACAGCUCGAAGUGGUGAUUGAUCCUCGAACCGACGAUGGCACUGAUAUCAGUGAUAGCUAUGUCAGACAAGUCGCCAAUAUAAGCGUACCCAUGGGCGAGGCCUCUGGCAGAGAUUUUCAUGUGUCGAUGAGCAUGAAAAGUAUGAUUGAACAGGCAGGAUUCGUCGACGUCCACGAGCAGACUCUGAAGCUUCCCUUGGGCCCUUGGGCAAGCGACCAAAAGUACAAAAAUGUUGGCCGAUUUUACGAGAGAUUUUACAAGACUGGUCUCCAAGGAUGGCUAUUACACAUCUGCACCAGAAACUUGGGCGUGAGUCUCUCUUGCUGAUACUGACAAGAUGACCAAAGCUCUAACGCAUGGAUUAGUGGUCGGUUGACCAGGUCAAUGACGCCUGUGUCAAAGCCUUUCAGGAAAUCAAUUCGCGCAAAUAUCUCAUAUAUUUUCCUUUCACCAUAGUCGUUGGUCGAAAACCCUGACAAUAAUACCCACCAUCCUCAUACACACCUACCUUGAUCAAAAUCAUAAUCAUGGCCAUUUGACAUUGGUUACUUGGAAAGCCUCGUUGUGCGUGCACUAGAAAACGGCCUUGUACACAGACCUCAACCACAUCAAGAGCUGGUAAUCAUCUACAUCAAGGCACGUCGAGGAGUCAAUGUUAAGGACUUGGCCACAACAAAACCACAAAGCCUUUCCCAGCACCGCUCUGGUGGCACAGACGUGACUGUCAAUGAUCACUUACCACUGUGGCAGUGGGCAGCCGGCAAUAACCCACCAAGCGAUAUUUUGCACCAUUAACAAGAAGAUCUUCGCAAGAAGCCCCCGUGGUGACGAGAAAUAUUGACCAAGUCCUACGAUCAUUCCAGAACAAACGUCUUUAGAGGGGAAGGCGACAACCAAAUACUCUCGAGACUAGACGCGAACGGGAAGGGACAGGACUGAAGUUUUUGAUGUUGUUUGUUGUCAUUGAAUUGACUUGACCAAAUGUCAUUCACAUUUGGAUGCUCUCGACUUGGUCUACCGAAGUGGUUAGUUUGGCUGGCUCCCUACGGGUCGACCAUUGGCAUCACGCGGAUAGAGUGUGUUGGACGCUUGUCACACAGUUCAACAAAUGGAAUUUAAGCCCGUUCUGAGGGUUCAACGAGUCAGUUGACCAUAAGUCUUCUGCUUGACAUCAACCCCGUACGCAGAUGCGGGUGUAUUACAGAGAGUUGAACACUUAAGGCAGAUAAAUUACCAUAUCGCAACCAUGUAUAGGGAGCAAUUUCUAUAGCAUGCUUCAGACCAAGGGCAUUGAUUGAAUGAUUUCUACAAGA